CUCCGUCACAGGAGCGACCCUGCAUCUUGGCUGCCUACCACCACCAUCGGUCAUUACUGUCUGCCUAGACGGCUUUAAUACGCCUCCGCUGGCUCCAGGGCAAGCUUCGAAUUACGUCUCGCUUCGCGUUCUAUCACCACGCUGCUCCAAGUAGCCCGUCGGACUUCACUUGGGAUCACUUAUCUGCAGCGAACAAAGCAUCUGCGCCCUCUGAACUGUAGACUGCGAAUUGCCCUCCAGAGCUGGGGAUGCCGCUCGCGCGAAGCUGGACCGCCCCGCCUACGCGGCGGGAGAUCACCCUCCUGCUCUUCUCUCUGACGAUCUUCGUGCUGUCAUAUAACCUCGAAGCCUCCCUUGGGAUCGUUGGAGUCCACCCGCAGAAGCUUACAUCGUCGUAUCUGUCGAGUUUAGGGCUCGGCGCAAAAGACCCUGGAUUUGACCUUGACGGGCGAAGACCCAAGGAAUGGCGGGACGAACUCGAGAACCUCAUCGCCGGCGACUGGGAAUGGCGCGAGGGCGAGGUGUCCGGUGUGGCCCGCGGGUCUGCUGCCACAUCCGGUUUGGGGCGGACAGGGAUGAUAUACAACUUCGGCGGAGUCAAGAAGGUCUCGCGGAGUUCGCAUCUCGAGGAUAGGGGUGUCAGCUUGGAUACAGGCGUGACGGUGAAGGACCAAUUCAUCAAGUGGGGCAAGGACGUGCCCGAGACGGCCGUCGUUGCGCAUACACCAGGAUACACCGUUCUGGACAACGUCAUCGCAGUGAAUGGCACGCUGUUCGUGGUCGCGAACGACUGGACAAAGGUGCCGAAGCUGAUGGAUAUCGCGUCGUCCUCGCUCGACGCGACAAAGCCCCCACGCGUGCAGGACUGGCACAUACUGACCACGAACGACGCGGCGGAUAUGUUUGGGCCUUACGCAGCGAAGAUCCACGGCACGUCGUGGCUUGCGCUCGGCACGGCUGAGUCGCAAGACCCAUACACGCUUCUCUCCUUGUUCCGCACACACGCCUCAGUCUCCUCGGGCGCGCCCUCUUCGUCAUUCACUUCGUCAUCUGGUCUGCACAUCAUUACCCCGCCAUCCAGUUCCUCGCCCUCCGCCCCGUCAAUUCCCGCGCCUCUGCGAAUCAUCUACCCGUACAUUCCAACCUUCUCCUCUCCCAACGUCCCUCCUGGCCCAGGCGAGGAUCCGAAGGCGCACCCGCCUCCACGGACGCGCGCGUAUACAGGCACGCACCCGCUCCUCCCGAAAGUGGUGCUCCCUACGCUAGCGGCGUGGUACCAGGAGGACUGGCAGGACUUCGCGGACAUGCACGUUCCCUUCCUCCUCGAGCGCGUCGUCAUCGCCGAUCGCGGGGCCGCGGAGCGUGGACGCGCAUCCUGGAUACCCGCUGCUGAUGCUGCGCGAGUGGAUGAGAUGAGCAAGCGUGCACCGCCAACAGCGGAGAGCGCACCCGCGUGGGCAGCGCCGUUCAUCGGACUCUCCGCUCCCGAGGCGUGGUGGACGCCAGUCCGCACCGCGCUCCUCCGCUACCUGCACCUCGCCGACUUUGCGGGCGCGGGCAGUGCGAGCUCGAGCAGCGGGUCGCUCUGGGGCCUGACCAAGAAGCAGCCCGCGCGGAAGCCGAUCGUGUCGUACGUGUCGAUGCAGGACGCUCCUGCGGGUUCGGGCCCGAGGCUAUCUGGCGAGGACCACGAGCGACUCGUGCGUGGGCUCAAGGCGCUGGAGCAGCAGGGUGUACUGGGCGAGGUUCAUGUGCUCAAGGGCAACGGGAGUGUGCCUGCGAUGGAGUGGGCGGAGAGAAUGAGCGCAAUCGCGCGGUCAACGAUCCUCAUGGGUCCGUACGGCUUCCAGCUCGCGGAUGGCGUGUUCAUGCGCUCUCCGCUCGGGAUGUCGGCCGCGUCGACGUCAGGAAAGGCGCAGAAACAGGAAGACGCGCCGCAGCGACCACCGGCGCCAUUGCUCAUGGAGUUCUUCCCCCCGGGCACGUUCGUCCGCAGCCAGCAAUACGCGAUGCAGGCGCUCGACAUCGACUACCAGGCGUGGUGGAACGGGCAGAUAUUCACCGGAAACAACCUACCAGAUGUCGCCUCGCCGUUGCCAGCGCAGCAGGACGCACGCGUCGCCCUGGAUGUGGACACCGUGUUGCGCACGGUACGCGAGCAGGCCCCGCGGAGGGUAGCAUAGCACGUUGCGCAUUGGAUUCGGAACCCCCAUUACCCCCACUAUUCCAUCCCAUUCAUUGCGAUGAACGACCCUAGGAACACUCCGCCCGUAAUUAGUGUCAGACAUACAUCAGAAGUGUCCCCCCUUUGGACUGUACAUUCGGGUACCGCCAGAGCGUAGAGUAAUCCGCGCCGUCGCGCGACAUCCAUAGCAGGAAUAGAUUUCAAGAAACGUCCUACCG